GUACUGUUAGGUCCAAGAACUCCUAUAAAGCUGUAGAUCUGAGUUUCCUGUAGCAAUCAUGAAAUCUACUCUUGUCGCCGCCCUUUUGGUUGUGCUGGCCAUUGGCUGUGAAUCUGGUUCCCUGGUGAAGCGUGACAUCCCUGCUGAUGUCGAAACUCUCACCAAAUACUUCCAGGAUGCAAUCGAGGAAAUUAAGACACAUCCUCUGGUCAGCAAAGCUCAGGAUUACCUGGAAGAGGGUAAGGCUCAGAUCACACCUCUGACCGGUAAGAUCCAGGAGCAUGCUGACAAGAUCCAGGAGCAAAUUCAGCCCUACAUCACUGACAUUGAGGGAAAAGUCCGCCCUCUGGCUGAGAACAUCCAGAUCCAGCUGAGCCCUCUGACAGAGAACCUGCAGGCACAGGUUGACAAAGUGCAGGCCAAGAUCAAGCCUCUGGCCAAUGACUUCCAGGAACAGAUGGAGAAACUCUACCAAACCAUGGUUGAUCAGACCAAGGCUAUGCUCCCCUCCCAGUAAAGCUGAAGUAAAAUCCUUUUAGCUUGGGUUAAAAGGAAAACCCAUCUCCCAUCUUUGUUUCACCAGUGUUAAGGCCCUAGUUUCACCAAUAAAGGUGUUGAAAGACAGCCAUUUUGUCCAGAAUUGUAUUGCUGUGUUAUUAGUUUUAAGUAUAAUGAGAAAUUAAAAUGAGAUGAUUUCUAGGCAGCA